AUGAGCCAAUUCGCCUUCGAUAUCCAGCCAGUGAACCGAUUUGUCGGUUCAAAUACCACUAUUCGACGGCCUAAAGAAAUCACUUGCUUCUCUUAUGAUUCUAACCGCCAGUUCUCACUGGGAGAAUCAUCCCUGCAGUACUAUUACCCGCCUAGCUUGCCAGCUGAUCUGAAUCUUGGAUUCAACACGUUUCAAAAGCUCAAUGACGCUGGAGAUGAGCAUCUAGAUGCAUUGCUAGAUACCAUUACUGCUUUAGAGAAAGAAACAAAAAAGAAAUGCGAAGCCGAUGUUAUCACCUGGCGCGGAAUGAUGACCAAGAUAUUAGCAGCUCCUUAUGAUGUGAUGAAUGGCUUUGAAAUGAACGCGACAUGUUUCCAGGGUACAAUCUUCAUCGAAGAGAACAACGCGUACAAGAACGAACAGAAAGAGAUCCAGCGAAAUCAAAAAAUGCCACCAGGCAUGGCAUCACAGGAGAUGAUGAUGUACUGGGGUUAUAAAUUCGAGGUCUUAUCUGUUCUUCCCCGACCAUGGGAUCCGACAACCCGUGAAGAAAUCGAGGCCCGGCCAAAUCAGGUCGUCAAUAACAGUGCACAGUAUUGCUCAGUGGUCAAGACCGGAAUUGGAAAUACCCGCAUGAUCCUUGGAGGUGAAGUCGAUGCCGUGUGGGACUGUAAACCAGAGAGGAAGGAGGAUCCUAUUCAUUGGGUCGAGCUGAAGACAUCGGCCGAGAUCCGUAACGAGCGGGACAUGCUCAAAUAUGAGCGAAAGCUGUUGAAAUUCUGGGCGCAAUCCUUCUUACUCGGUGUACCCACAAUCAUCGUUGGCUUCCGAGAUCAGGAUGGCAUCUUGCGUCGCUUAGAAGAGCUAGAUACAGCCAGUAUUCCAGGCAAGGUCAAAAAAAUUGGGAGAGGUUCCUGGGAUGGAAACAUCUGUAUCAACUUUGCUGCUGCAUUUUUGGACUGGCUCAAGCAAACUAUUCAACAGGAUGGGAUUUGGAGAAUUCGGAAACGGGAGAAGUCUUCAGUCAUUGAAGUGUUCAAGGUUGAAGAGUCAGGCCAUGGUGAUAUACUUUCACCAGCAUUCACAGCCUGGCGAUCAACCAUGUAA